AUGUCUGCCACAGUCCACAAUGCGCCUGGGUCGUUGCGCUCUGUGGGCAGUAAUGCCAGUCUCAAAAGUACGAGCAGCCUCACUCGCAAGCCGAGGAUAAGGGCCCGCUCCAAGACGGUCAGCUCCUCGACACCGGAGGGGGCCGCUGACAUCCUCCCGCCCUCUCCUCAACUUCCGGGAUACCUUUUCGGGGGGCAGGUCGUCACAGAGCCUGCUCAAGAGCCUGAAGCUAGUACUAGCAGCACUCGGCCCGUCUACCAGGCUCCUCCGUCGGCCUUUUCGCGCAUUCCCUCGGUCCCUCAGCUCUACGACCUGGGCCAGCGCGACUCUGUCCUCACACACGGAUCGGGGUUCACACAGUCUGGUGGAUCAUCUUCCUUGUACCCAGCAUCGUCUUCGACGGCCUCUGGGCCACCGUCUCCGCGCUCCUUGAUGUCCCCGCAACUGGAAUUCGAGUACGACGCCGAAAUCGAGUCCCAAGGAUACAAUCCUGACGAUGUGUCUGAUCGACUGAGGCUGCUAGUCAAAAACACCUACUUCUUGCCCCCAGCACAUUCUAAACCGUCGUCUUCGGACCUGCUGCCAGUGGGAGCGAAGCGAGGUGGUUCCGGCACCAAAACACCGACGACACCGACGUUCUUCGAUUUGUUUCGCAAGACGCGCUCAAAACCACCCACACCAACUACUGCCGCCCAAACGUUUGACUUCCGGGCUCCCGCGCUUAGAACCACGUCCGAUGGAUCUGCAGUCACGGGCUACCCACCCCGGCGGCGCUCGGAAUCGCAGACCCCCAUGGGAACCAGGAGCCCAUUGCCCAACGACCCUUCGGGACGAGUAGUCGUCGUGCGGGAGAAGAUGGGUGAUCUCAUUGCCGCUGCGAGACAAGCCGAAGCGGAACUGAAAGCCCGGGGACCACUGCCGAUAUCAGCAUCCCAGACUGGUCACCGAGCUACGGAUGUUAUUGACCCGACCGACGCAGUGGAUCUUCCGCCCCCUUCCUCGGAAUAUCCAUUCGCCGUGCAGGCUAGUGCGUUGCAUGAGAUGGGUGUGCAGGACUCGGUCGGCGCUGCUGUACUUGCGGAACGGCUGCCUCCUCCCUCAUCCCCAAGUCCUGGAGACGACUGGCGGCGCGCAUUGUUACAUGCUGCGGUCGACCAUUCAUUGAAUGGGUCGUCUGUGGUGCAGACCACGAGCAAGCCCAUGUCACCCACCUCGGGUCUUUCCAGCCCGCUGAUGUCACAAUCGUCUGGGCACUCCAUCUCGGACUCGUCGAGUGCACCCAUUUCUCCGGGAAGGCUGAUUGGCCAACGGAUCAUAUCGCCGCCCCUCACUGACAACCGAGCGUCGCUUAGUCCCAGCCCUGCACCCGAGUCUUCGGACAGACGAGACGAUGGUCUGAUGCCGCCCCGACCCUCGAGUGUCCUGCCACGGCGAUCUGAGACACCGUUGAUGCCUUUGACCCCGCUGGCUCCGCCGCCAAGGAAACAGCUGGUGAACCCAGUGUACUCGCUGUCCCAGACCAGUCUCCCUCUCGACGGUGCAGCAUCACGUGAAUCAACUGCUACUGGCUCUGGCCGGCUUUCGGACAGCUACGAGGCCGGUAUCCGAAACGCUCUAUUCAGUCCGACACUCCAGAGCCGGUCGCACUCGUCGCUGCGGCAGAGCAUGGAGAGUGAUAUGCAUUCGAUGACCGAUUCGACCGUCGAGUUCUAUUCCGAUGCGGCUCCAAGUGCUGGAUCGGAUCGACAACCUUCGAUCCACAGUCUGGACCAGUUCCGGCCUACCAUGUCCUCCAGCCCUUCACCGCGUGACAGUGCAGUUUCGCCGCCACCGCGGACAUCAUCCUCGCUCGCGAACGUGAUCACCCCUCUCUCCCCGCCUCCGAGGACACGGGCUUUCUCACUCAAAGCCCAACGGCCUCCAAGGUCACCGCUGAGACCGCAGUCGCCGUCACCGUCACCUCCCGUGCCACCAGCAGCGCCGCAACCGGUGCAAGAGAUCCGCAUCAUGGACCCGGGGCCAUCUACACCCCCAUUACCAGAGUCCGCCCAAUCUGCGACGUUCUCGACACUAUCACUGGAGAUCCCUCCCUAUGGCUAUGGGCUUGGCAGCGGAGCCAGGUCAGCGCCGCCUGGGACUCCCCCUUCCUUUUUCGACUCCAUCCAGCGGAUGCCCAAUGCUAUGGACGAACUCGAGUCGUCCGACGACGAGGACAACAUAUAUUAUGAUGGCAUCAGCUCCUCUCCCGAACAGACCCAUGCGCCAUCGUCCUGGCGCACUGCGGCGAACUCGACUGCAAGCGUCAACUCGAUUGGUCUUACGCGUCUGGGCAAUCAUUCCUCGCCGUACAUCAGCCGCUCAGCCGACGGCCACGAGCCAGUCGGCAACAUCGCGUCCACCUCUUCGUUUUUCACGGAACGAAUUGGCGGCAAAUGGAGUGACUCGGGCCACGGACCGCCGACCUCGACUUUCGACUUUUACCAGUACACGCAAGCGACCAAGAUCGCCUCGUCUGUCGACCUUCCGAGCACCGUCAUCGCAGAUCAAUCACGGCCAAGCGACAAGAAGACCCAGGAUUCCGUGAGACGGCUGGACGGAAUGCUUCUGCAACACAUGGAGGCAGAGAAAGACACUCUCCGCAGAAUGGCCGCGUCGCUUGCCUCGAAAGGGAAAGAACGGGCCGUUUAA